AUGGAAGUGUACAAGUCGUAUUACUUUGAAACAAAACAUCAACGAAUAUCCUCCGCUACAUAUCUUCGUGAAUUACUAUAUUCCAUGUUUACCAUUCUCCAAGCGACCAAAGAUUCUUACAUUCCUCAUCCGGUACCGAAAUUCCCUUUAAGGCCUAACAUAAGCCAACGAGAAAGUAUUGGCUAUUAUAUUAUCCUUACAUGGCAAGAAAUCCAUGGGAAACUUUUACAGAGCUUGGAAGAAGAUAGCCUUCCUACGUGGACGCUUGAAGAAUUAAAUAUUUGGUGGGGAAUGGUUAGACUACUUCACCUAUGCUUAAUGGAACUUGCAUUUAAAAAUGGAUGGGGAGGCUUCUUCAAACACAAGGCAGAUAACGCCGAAACUCUUUUAAAACUAUUCAAACAUUGUGAAAUGUCAUUUAAGAAAGAUUCAUCUUAUGCGAAUGCGGUACAUAUUAGUAUUAAUGAAUUACAAGGUGAUUUGAAACCAUGCAAUUUGGAACAAGUGAAAGGGUUACUUCCGGUCAUAGAAGGAAAAGUCUUGUUACACUCUCAACAUGAUUUUAACAAUUUAUUCGGUAUCGAAGAAAGCUUCUUGUUCGAAGGAACUAAAAUCUCUAACGAAAAUCUUAAAGAGGUCAAUAAUUUGAGAAUAUUAAUUGGUAGAGUACAGGAUCAUAUUAAACCGUUGAUGUUGUUAUUACAAAGAUAA